AUGAUCUCGAUCCACAAUUACAAGCAAAGAGCGCGCAACAACAGCGGCACCGGCGCACUCACUGACCUGUCGGGCGCCCGUAAUCGCGCGCCGCUUGCCGGCGCGAUCACGGCUGCAGCGGCGCUGGGGGAGCCUGAGGGCUUUGAUUUCUGGGUGGAUGAGAUCCUUUGGACUCAAGGAAAGGUGGCUGUAGAGCUGAUGGAGGAGGUCUUGGAGGCCAUUGGCGGCCGCCGCGUUGGCGGCCCGGCCAAACUACCCAAAGCGCUGCGCGGCGGCGGCGAGCGGCAGUCCACGCCCAGCGCGGCGCCGUCCUCGGCAGCCGACAGCGCCCGCGGCGCGGCAGACGUGGCAGCCGCGCUUGUGUUGCGGCUGGGGCUCGGCGGCGGCCGGGGAGGAACCGCCAGCGGCAGUGGCGGCGGCGUGUCCGAGGAGGCGGCGACAGCACAGGCCGGGGGCGUCAGGGAAGAUGAUGCGCAGCUGGGGUACAGGCACGUGCCUGAGUGGCAAUUCCUCUGGACCAAGUCAAUUUACGGCAUCAAGGCGGCGCGCACCAUGCGGCCGGGCCAGGUUGUCAGCGCCAUCGCGGGCCUCAACAGCCUGACCAUGAAGAAGCGCAUGAUACAAACCCUGAAGACGUCACUGGGCCUUGAGGCCGCCGGCCAGGUGGCUCCCGUCAGCUUCUGUCUGCCUGAGGAGCUGCCGCAGUGGCGCCAGUGGCUGCAGCAGCACCCAGAGCUUGACACAGGCAAGCUUGGGCCUGGCGGCCAGCCCCGCGCGCCACGCACCCGGCCGUCCCCCGUGCCCAGCGCGCUGCAGGCCGCGGCGAUCCCGCCGACCCACCCGGGGCGGCCGCACACGCACCUCAAGGUGGCCCAGCUGUACGUGACCAACCCCCUGCUGCUGCACGACCGCAAGUUCCACCUGCGGCUGUGGGUGCUCGUCACGGGCCACAGGCCGCUGCGGGCCUACAUGCACACGCGCGGGCUGGUGCUGUUCAGCUCGCAGCCCUACGAGCCAGACCGCCCGCUGGCCGCGGGCGUGCGGCCGUCCGCCAGCCACGUCACCAACUACGCCCGCAACGAGGACACCUGGGUCUGGGGCCUCGAGCGCCUGGCCGCCCACUUCGACGAGGCCUUCGGCCCCGCCGCGUGGCCGGCCCUCUGGCGCGAGAUGCGGCGCCGCGCGGCCGCCGGCGUCGCUGCCGCGCUGCCGUCGCUGCAGGCCGCGCACGCGUGGCUGCGGCCGCGGCUCGAGGGGUACGGCUUCCAGAUGGUGGGGCUUGACUUCCUGAUCGACGAGCGGAUGGCGCCGUGGCUGCUGGAAUUCAACAGCGCCCCAAGCAUCAUGGCGGUACACAGGGACCCGGAGGUGCAUGCUCUCAUCAAGGAGAACAAGGUGGCCAUGCUCUCUGACGUGGCGGCCAUGGUGAUGCACCGGGUCGACGACGCGGCCGGGGACGGGGCGGAGGGCGGCGGCCGGCGGCCGGCGGCGCGGCCGCGGCGGCGGGUGGCGGCGGAGUGGCGGCGGGACGUGGAGCACGAGAUGGCGCGGCGCGGCGGGUUUGAGCCGCUGAUGGGCGCGUUCCCGUACGAGUGCGCGGGCAUCCCCUGGCAGGAGGAGGACAAGCAGCUGCGCGGGCUCUGGGAGGAGCGGGGCUGGCCGUGGGCGGCGUGA